AUGCAUCGAAUACAUUCACCCAUACCUUAUAACAUUCUACAUGGUAUUGAUCUCUCUGCUAAUGUAACAUCUAUAUUUGCUUAUCUCAGUUAUUUUCCACCGCCACCACCUGUUAUACCAUCUCCACCUCCUCAACGUUCUUGGACAUGCUCAGCUCGUUCUCUAUCAUCAUCAUCAUGUUUAGUUGCUGAUGAUCUUAAUCCUUCGAGUCUACGAGCAUACGUGCCGUUGAUUAAUAAUAAUCAAUCAUACUUAUCAAGGAAUGCAUCUCACAUUGAUAAAAAUGUACAUCAAAAUUUCAAAUCUACAUCUAUAUUAGACUUCUUUCAAAAUCAAUUACCGUUCAUUCUUUUGAUAAUUAUUUUUUUAACUAUAUUUAUUUUCGUUAUAUUCUUAUUGGUAGUUUUUUUGUGUAAGCAAUGUAAACGACAAAGCCAAUCAACAUCAAAUAGUCGCAUGGAAGCACACAAUAAUAACAAUAACAAUAACAAUAACAAUAAUAAUAAUAAUAAUACAUUUUAUCUGCGUCUAAUACCGCAUGGAAAAAAAUAUCAAAAACAGACCAUGCCACUAAGAAAUACGAAUGAUGAAAAUAAUUCAUUAAACUUAUUAAAUCAUGAUUCAGCUACCUUGGAAGUUGUGGAUUUACCCAAAACAAGUGGAGCACAUAUAAAUGAUAAUGAAGAACAAGAAGAAACUGUUUAA